AUGGCGCUGGUUCUCAGCAGCAACGAGGAGAGCGACACGGACAACGAGGGGCUGCCAGAGCUAAAGGGCGAGGCAGACACGGAGUCCGAUGACUCCUCCACGGUGGGUGUAAUCAAGUGCAAGAAGGCGUCGCAGCGCUGCAAGAAGCGUCUGUUCUGCAGCAAGGAGGAGCGACAGAGUGUCAAGGCGCAGCUGUACAACUUUAAUGACUUGACCAGCGACCGGGAAUGGCUGUACGAUCUGCUGCUAAGCGACUCGGAAAGUGAUGAGCCGAUUGGCAACGAGGACGAGUACAUCCAUCAGAUCCUACGCGAGCACAUACGCGAGCAGCGGCAGCGCAAGAAUUACUACAAAAAGCCAACGAACGCGCAAUACGCCUACUACGGUGCCAGUUUGCUCUCCAAUCAUGACAUCUAUGCGGAGCGACAGCAGGCCACAGCGGGUGUGCGCAAGCGUCGGCGUCGCACCAAGCAGGAGAUACUCAUGGCCCGCCUGGCCGAGGCGCAGGCACCAACGCUGCCGAAACAACAGAAGCGGCGCGGACGUAAGAAGCAAACGACAAUUAUGGAUUCGCCAGAGUCCGGAGAAGUGCCGCCCUCGGAACUGGGCAGAUACACCUACGGGGACACGCUGCCCACCAAUGACGAGGAGGAGGAUGACAACGGCGAGGUGGACUACAAGCGGGAGCUGGCCAGCCUUGCACUGGACUUUCCCGAGGAGGAGGAAAUCGAGGAGGAGGUGGAUGUGGUGGGCGGUGCCGAUGGGCAGGUGACCAAGGUGCGAAGGAAGCGCAAGAAUCCGGCAGCGUUGGCGGCGCGACGUCGUCGCAUCUGGCAGAUUAUGUCGAAGAAGGAGUGCGGCCGACUACAGAGGAUUACAAGCAACAACCACAAGGAGAUGCUGGCCAACUGCAAGCGUGUGGCGUCCAUGUGCUCCAAGGUGGUGCGCCAGCGGGCCAUCAAUUCGCAGCGCGUCAUGAAGGAGACGGUGUGGCGGGCCAAGCGGCUGACGCGAGAAAUGCUCGCCUACUGGAAGCGGUAUGAGCGCGUGGAGCGUGACCAGAAGCGCAAGCAGGAGCGCGAGGCGGAGGAGCAGCGCAAGCAGGACGUGGAGCUCAUUGAGGUGAAGCGACAGCAGCGGAAACUCAACUUUCUGAUCACCCAAACGGAGCUGUAUGCACACUUUAUGUCCAAGAAGCUGGGUCAGGGCACGGAGGAGGAUCAACUGAGGAUUCUGAGCCAGCUUGAUGAGGAGACAAAUGCCCGACUGGCCGUUCCAGACGACUACGAUCCCUUGGAAAUGAAGCAGCUGGCCAAGGAGCAUGCCGAGGCGGCCAUGCAGCGGGAUUUGGACAAGACGCGCGCCUUCGACGUGCUCCCCAAGAAGCAGGAAGAGUGCAAAGACGAUGCGGAGGAGGAGCAAGCCAUGGAGGCCUUUGAUGUUUUUGCCAAGAAGGAAGAGGAGGAGGAUACGGACCUGGACGCACCAGAGACGCGCGCGGAGAUGAAGGAUCUGCCGCAGCCGCAAAUGUUCAAGGGCACGCUCAAGGGCUACCAGAUCAAGGGCAUGACGUGGCUGGCAAACAUCUACGAUCAAGGCAUCAGCGGCAUUCUAGCCGACGAGAUGGGCCUGGGCAAAACCGUGCAGUCCAUCGCCUUCCUCUGUCACAUUGCCGAGCAUUAUGGGGUGUGGGGCCCGUUCCUGAUCAUCUCCCCUGCCUCCACGCUGCACAACUGGCAGCAGGAGAUGUCGCGUUUUGUGCCGGACUUUAAUGUCGUCCCCUACUGGGGUUCGCCGAGUGAGCGCAAGAUCCUGCGGCAGUUUUGGGACCAGAAGCAGCUGCACACACGCGACGCCAGCUUCCAUGUGGUGAUCACGUCGUACCAGCUGGUAGUCAGCGACUACAAGUACUUCAAUCGCAUCAAGUGGCAGUACAUGGUGCUGGACGAGGCGCAGGCGAUCAAGAGCGCCGCCUCGCAGCGCUGGAAGCUGCUGUUGGGCUUCAGUUGCCGCAAUCGGCUGCUGCUCAGCGGCACUCCCAUCCAGAACAGCAUGGCCGAGCUGUGGGCGUUGCUGCACUUCAUAAUGCCCACGCUGUUCGACUCGCACGACGAGUUCAACGAGUGGUUCUCCAAGGACAUUGAAUCGCAUGCCGAAAACAAAACAGGCAUUGAUGAGCUGCAAAUUUCGCGCCUCCACAUGAUCCUUAAGCCCUUCAUGCUGCGUCGCAUCAAGAAGGAUGUGGAGAACGAGCUGUCUGACAAGAUUGAGAUUAUGGUCUACUGCCCCCUGACCAUACGCCAGAAGUUGCUCUACCGCGCCCUCAAGCAGAAGAUACGCAUCGAGGACCUGCUGCACUUGACGAGCGGCUCGAGUGCUCCCUCGUCGGCGUCCUCGAACCUUAUGAAUCUGGUCAUGCAGUUCCGCAAGGUGUGCAAUCAUCCGGAGCUGUUUGAGCGUCGUGAUGCGAGGAGUCCGUUCUUUAUGCGCUGUGCGGAGUAUGUGCUGCCGAGGCUUGUCCACGAGGAGGCACUUCUACUCCGAGCACUGCCCAGCCGCAGGCAUUUACUGUACAAUCGUUUCAACAUCUUCAAGUCGGAGUAUAUACAGCGAUCGCUUUUCGACGAUGUGAGCGUUGGGAGCUGCUUUAGCUUUACGCGUUUCUGUGAUCUAUCAUUGGGGGAUGUACUCGAUGUCACGCUUAAUGGAUUGAUUGAUUUCCUUUUGCAUUAUCGUCGCGUGCUGGAAAAAUAUCCCCUACUGUCCUACCGCCGCCAAUGGUGGCCACAUCUAAAAGCCACCUUUUAUCAGCUGCUGGAGCCCAUGCUGGAGAGCAAACUGCUGCCACAAUUCAUGCUCUCAGACAGUGUACUUAAGAAUUUUCUGUUCACAGCAAUGACCACCAAUGAGAGCAGCGUUUAUGCCUUCGGGGAUUAUUGCACCUACAACAUGCAGGAGACCAUCGAGCAUCGUGUGAUACGCUCCAAAGUGCUCAAACAAAAGACAGCCACGCUGAUUGAGGAGCUGGUGGAUGUGGAAGACGAAGAGCAGGUUAAGCAGGAGCUCGAAAUCGAGUCCGUGGAGGUGCAAACCAAAUCGAAUACCAAGAGCGAUGUCAAGGUGCAAACGUUGCUGUUGUUGCCAGAGUUUCCGCAUCGUUUGAGGCAGCCGAGGAGCUACCAUUGCGAGCCGCUGUCCAUGCCGCGACUGCUCUAUGCGUUGGGUCAGCGUGUACAGGCGGUGGAUAGGCAUUUAUACUGCGAGAGUCGUGCUGCGGCCUGGACACAAAUUCGUCAUGUGCAGUGCGAAAAUGCUGUGGGCAGAGAGCUUGUGUCCUCCAGCCUGGCACUGUGCAAGCCACGCUGUGGUUGGUCCUCCAUUGUGGUGCCCGACAAGGAGACGUUGAUCACUGAUGCGGGCAAGCUGUUUGUACUGGACACACUGCUCACACGGCUGAAGGCGGAGGGCCAUCGCGUGCUGAUCUAUUCACAGAUGACGAAAAUGAUAGACCUGCUAGAGGAGUACAUGUGGCAUCGCAAGCAUCGUUAUAUGCGCUUGGAUGGCUCCAGCAAGAUCUCAGCGCGUCGCGACAUGGUCGCCGACUUUCAGACGCGUGCGGACAUUUUCGUAUUUUUGCUCUCGACGCGCGCAGGAGGUUUGGGCAUUAAUCUAACAGCAGCAGACACGGUAAUCUUUUACGAUUCGGACUGGAAUCCCACUGUCGAUCAACAGGCCAUGGAUCGGGCGCAUCGUUUGGGCCAAACCAAACAGGUGACUGUCUACCGACUGAUCUGCAAGGGCACCAUCGAGGAGCGGAUUCUGCAGCGAGCCCGAGAGAAGAGUGAGAUCCAACGAAUGGUCAUAAGUGGCGGCAAUUUCAAGCCAGAUACACUCAAGCCCAAGGAAGUGGUUUCAUUGCUAUUAGAUGAUGAGGAAAUUGAAUUGAAAUAUAAUCAAGAGGCUAAACUACAGGAGCCACCAGCCACAGGCACAUCCUCACCCAUUCCUGGGGCAGGCCAUGUCGAACGCAAUCGGCGACAUCCCAAUAAGGAAACUAAUAUGGGCGGCACUACCAUACCGGCGGCCGUAACACUCAGAGACUUUGACCCCGACGACAUUCCCAGCUGCAGUUCGGCGGCAAAGAGACUAAAGUUGGAUCCAGAGGAUGAGUAUAUUGAUGUGGGCAUUGCCUCGUCCGCGUCCAGCGUGGGCACCGACAGCAUCAACCUCAGUCAGGACACCUAUGUGCCAGGCGCCACACGCGUGGAGGAUAACAUUGACUCGGAUAAUGAGGCUCUCGUAGUGGAUGGAGAAAGUCCCACACUGAUGUUGAUGGGACAAAAUGAAUCAAUGAACUUCCUGAGCGACAUGAGCGGCGUUUCGCCGAUGCGACGGCGACACCACCCGCGCGGCACCAAACGCGGUCGACCACGUGGCAGCACGAGACGGGGCGGCGGACAUGGCUCGCUGCAGCGCGUGCUGACGCCAACGCAUUCGCCGGGUCAGGGGCAGGGGCAGGGUCAGCAGCAGUCCCCCGCCGCAGGAGGAUCAGCAGGGGAAGCGGGAUCAGGAACGUCUUCUCCCCUACCACAGCUACAGCUACAGCAGGAAGUAAGCGGAGUCGGAGUCGGCGGCGGUGGCGGUGGCGAGUAUGCGCCCGUGCCGCUCAAUGAAGAAGAUCUCCCAACGCCGCAGCAGAGCCCCACCAUGCAAUCCGUAUCGCCCACGGGCGCCGUUAAGCGCGGACCAGGACGACCCCGCUCCAAGACACCGGCACCUAUAAGUCGUGGAACACGUGGCGCACCACGCGCACGCCGCCCCAUGGGUCCGCUGCUGGUGCCACUGGGCCGCAGUCCAGAGUCACAGCAAUCAGGACAAGGGCCCGCCGAGACGACUGCUGCAGCCUCACAAGCAACGGCCAAGCCGCCUGGAAACAUUGCAUGAAUAAUUUACAACAAA